AUGGCUUUCAUCACAGAACUUUGGCAAUCGGUUUUCACACCGGGCCCCACGCCUGCGCUUAUGAAGGCACUCCAUGCUUCAUUUGUGUUGCUUUUCAUCUCCCUCUUCUGGUUGAUCUAUGUCACCAGAUCGAUCCACUACAUAAAUUUGCUGGUGAUUGCCCUUCUUUUAUAUGGAACCGUUAUUUGGUUUGUCAAUGAGUUGGAAAAGGAGAAGCUCAAGACGAACGAGGAACUUCUCAAGGAAGGCGAAGGUGAGAAGGACGCUGCCCCAGAGUCUGGGGUAAAGAAGGCAGAAUCGCUGGGAUCCGAGCCUCAAGCUGCUCCUGUCAGAAAGAGAAAAGUCUAA